AUGGCGUGGAUUCCGGAUUGUGCUUGUCUUGAUGUUCGGAUCUUGGGUCCUAAGCGAAAUUUGGAUCACAGAUCUUUCUCCAGCCUUGUUCUUUCAUGUUUACUUGCACUGUUGAUCUGCCUUCAUGUAAAAGUUCAUGAACAAGAGGCUAAAUGUUUUAUUGUUUGGUUUCAGAAAUGUAACACUCCAUGGCUCAAGAUUUUGAGAUCUCCAGCGGUCUGGGCCAUAAUCAUUGCCAACUUUUGUGACAACUGGGAAUAUUUCACUUUUGCCGCUUGCUUGCCAUCUUAUUUUAAAGAAGUUCUCAAUUUUUCAAUCUCUGAGAAUGGCUUUCUUUCUGCCGUUCCUUUCAUAUUGUGUUACAUAUUUGGUGUCGGCGGUAGCUUUGUGGCAGACUGGCUACGUUACCAUAGGAUAUUACCUACUGGAGAAGUCAGAAAAGUUUUUAGCACAGCAGGUUUCCUUGUCCCCGCAUGCCUCUUGGUUUCAACGAGCUAUGUUGGGUGUGAUUAUACAAGCCUAGCUGUCACCCUAUUCUCACUGGCUAUCGGUAUACAAGGUCUCAACGGAUCUUCUUAUAUUGUCAAUCAUUUGGAUAUCGCACCCAGAUUUGCUGGUAUUCUUAUGGGGAUAAGUAAUUCAAUUGGAACAAUUUCUGGGAUCAUUGGGCCUUAUGUGGUUGGCUUUUUAACAAAUAAUCAGCCAACAAGGGCUCGGUGGCAGAAAGUUUUUUACAUAUCAGCUGGUGUGUAUGUAUUUGGUUGGUUAGUCUAUUUACUGUUGGGAAGUGGAAGAGAACACUCGUGGAACACACCAGAUGAGGCUGGUAAUAUUCCCAACGAACAUACGCCUGUCAUGCCAAACAUUCUUUCAGUUAACAAUGCAGACAACGAUCGUAAGGAUUCAUCACACUCUAGCUGAGUGUUGACGACAUUCAGUCAGUAAACACUUGUACUUCCAGGGUUAAUCUUUAGUUAUUUUUAAAUAGGAUUUUUAAUUUGUAAAAAGAUGGCUCUAAAUUUUAGACCUGUUUAAAUGAAAGCCAUUGAGCAGUACUUAAUUUAUGUGGUACUGUUUAUUACAGGUGUUACUAUGCGGUACAAGGUCGUUAUAACUUUUAAAUUUGAUAAUUAAGCCUUAUGUGUGUGAGAAUGAGAUUAUAUGCUAACAUAUCAUAGCACUCUAUUUAAACAUGGAAGUAUGGACUUUUACAGUUCUAGCCUUUCAAAGAACAGCUAAUUUUCCGUGUAAAAAUAAAUAUUAAACUAAGAAACGAAAGAUGCUAUGCAUCAACAACAACAUUAUACAUGUCACCUUAACUGUUUAAAAAAAGUUGUAAAAAUUUAUUUGAAAUGGAAAUAAUCUGGUUAAAACUAUUUACAUAUACUUUACUACAAUUCUAUCUUCCGCAAUAGUGGUAAAAAAGUUGGGGGUUUUUUAUGGGGAGAGAGGAAUGCCCUUAUUCCUUUCGUUAUAUUUUACAUGGAGUUUGGAUGGGUUGAAAAGUUGUGGUUUUUUUUGGUUCGAAUAUACCACACGGGUAUUUUGGGGUGUUAAGACACGGAUAUAAGCGGGGAUCCUCAUCGGUUUUACCUUCAAAUAUCCGUAGGAAUUUUCAUAAUGGAACCAUUUUCGUAUAUAUCUGCCGGUUUGUUAUUUAUCAAUUGAAUGGAAAUCACGUGAGUUAAAAUUUGGGAGUAUUUGCUCUUUGAAUGUAAGCAAAUCAGACAAACAUGUAAUGAAAUGUUUAUCGUCUAGGGGAAUCUUUGUUUUCAAUAUUUUCCUCAUUAGCGUGAGCGAUUCCGUUUCUGCUCAAUCUACAAAAAUAUCAGUUCUGAUUAAUAAAAUGGCAUAGCACGAUUAACUGUCCCAAGGAAUUUGAGGCCGAUGUAUUGAAUACUUUUUGUACAACACAGGUUUAUAAAUCUCCCAAUUUUAUAAAAAAUGUGUCGAAAUGUAUGAGCUCGUUAGCACUUUUGCCACCUAGAAAUUUUUCAGCUUUUGAAAUCCGAAUUCUCCUUAAAUAUUACACCCAACGAGCCAAAAAUUUCACCAAUUACUAACUUGUACAAACUUUUUAAAUGUUUGGAGUCAAUUCGUAGCUAACAUAAUACCUUCUCUGCGUAAGCCCGUAAGUUAAUGAGGAAAAUGUCAACAAUGACGUCAGCAACCAACGCUCUAUUUAUCUUACUGCUAAGUGACGAAAAAAGAUGCAGUAUACAUUUAUUAAUAAAAUAACAAUACUGACAAAAGUUCAGUUGAGGCCAGAAACUACUGUUAAAAGUGAUGUUUAAAAUUCUUAAAAAUCCAAACAUUUUUAAGGAUUUUUUAAAAACAUGAAUUUUAACAGUAGUUUCAGGCCUCACUGUAUUUUUGAAAAUGAAAAUGCUACUGAAGGACAAAAAGAUUAUUAUUUAUAGAAUAAUACGUUUAAUAGUGCAGUUCAAUGUAACGUAAAGUUUAAAACGUGUUGCCUAUUUAAUGUAAGUGUGGCAAUUUUGUAGAGCAAGUUUUACUACUGUAAGUAGCAAAAGGUAACUGUUUUUUAAGUGAUAUAUUGUCGUGGCGUGCUAAUUAGCCUAAAAGAAUACUUAUUUGGUAGUGUUCUGAAACAGAAGCAUAUCACCUAGAUAGGUGAUAUGCUUCUGUCUGAAAUUGUAAGUGUUUGAAGCAGUAUGUAGUAAAAUAAGUAAAUUGUGUGCUUUUAUAUUGUACCGGUACUUCAGGCAAUCAAUUAUUAAAAAAAAAGAAAAUAGUAUAAACACUAAUUAUAUACAUGAAAAAAUUACUCCAUUCUGACUGGCUGCGAGCAGUGCAAUGCAAGUGUAACAACAGUGCAAAAUGUAUAACACCAGUGCAAAUUCUGGAUUCUGAUUAUGAUUGGCUGAAGGACAACAGGAAAUUUUCUAAGCCAAUGACAUCACGUAAAAUGAUGACGAAACUUUUGUACGGAAACUUUGCAAAAGGUUUUCUCGAAUUAGAAAAAAUGGCUUCAAGGAAGACCUUCCGGCACUUCCUCCACGCGAAUUUUUUAAAUGUUUUUCAAAAAGCUAAAAUUGCACAAGCCGAGAGUUCAAUUCCAAAUUGAACUCGAAACCACAUACAUAUACAAAAUACAACCCACAAUCCCACACUUUGCUCUAAACAAGGGCUAUCGCUCGAAACGUCAACUUCACAACCUCGCUUCGGCGGUUAAUUUACCUGAAUCAUAAUAGCUAAGUGUUUGCUCGUAUUUGGAGUGUUUUCGCAUGACGUCACGGCAGCCAUAUUGGUGUCCCGAAACAAUGAAAUGGCGGCAAUGUUGAUGUACCAAGCCAAUCCUGUGGGAGUUGAACUUUUACUCUAAUGUAAACACUUUCUUUGUUCCAGUACAUUUGUCAAUUUUACAAAACCGAUCGGAUAAAUUUAUUGAGCAAGACAAUAUUUUAAAUCCAGAACAGUUUGGGUUCAGACCAAACACUAGAACCACGGAUAGUUUAUUUAUUCUCCGCCAACUACUCCAUAAAAACACCAAACAACACAACAAGCUUUAUGUUGGUUUUAUUGAUUACGAAAAAGCUUUUUAUAGUGUAUGGCAAUACGGUAUGAUCCAUAAAUUAUACAAAUACGGAAUUCAAGGAAAAUUCUUGAAUGUCAUAAAGUCCCUGUAUUCUUCAAUUAAGAGUUGUGUUAAUAUUGACCAGAACACACUUACAGACCUAUUUCCAUGUAACAAGGGGAUGAUGCAAGGUGAUGGUUUAAGUCCAGUUUUAUUUUCUUUAUUUAUGAAUGAUUUACCGCGAUAUUUUGUACAGAACAAAUGCCCAGGCGUGGUGUUAGGAAAUCGAUCUCUAAACUGCUUAAUGUAUGCAGACUGAUGAUUUGCUAGUAAUCGGCCAUUCUCGAGAAGGGUUGCAACAAUUGCUUGAUGUAAUUCAUAAACAUGCUCAAGAUUGAAAGCUCAAGGUUAACACCAAAAAGUCAAACAUAAUUAUAUUCAGUGGUAACGGACAAAACAAGAAUAAGGUAAAUUUUAAAUAUGACAGUGAAACUUUACAAAUUGUUGCGAAACAAACCUUUUUAAGUAUAGAAAUGACGUCAUCUGGUCGUUACACCUAUGCAAGAGAAAUUCUUAGCAAAAAAGCCAUCAAAGUUCUCUCGAUAAUAAAUCGAUCUUUCUCUAACACGGAUGAUACAGCAACAAUUACGAUUAAGAACAAACUCUUUAAUGCCCUGGUUAAACCCGUGUUACUUUACGCAUGCGAAAUUUGGGGACCGGAACUAUCAUCAUACAAAACACCUUUUGAUAAAAGUACAAUUGAACAAGUUCGUAUAAAGUUUUGUAAACAGUCAUUAAACGUUCCAUGGUAUACAGAAAAUAUUGCUUGCAGAGCAUAGCUUGGCGGUACCCUUUAAGCACGACAUUAAAGCAUCAAUCUUCAGCUACUGGCAAAGAUUGAAGCAUUCCACCAACAACGUUUUGUUACCAUAAGCAUUUCGAUAUGUAACAAAACAUACAACUUUAUUUGACAUUCAACAGAAUGAAGAAAUCAGUAAAAGGUGUGAAGUAAAAGAACCAGCAGCACGUCAAGAAUGCACGAUUAGUUAUAAAGAAAACCCUCAGGUAUCAAUAUUUACAGAACUGGCUUGAAACCCAGAAUAUGUCAUCAACAAGUUCAAGAGAGAAAUUUACACAAAAGGAAGU